GGGGGCUGAAGGAGUGAUCAUCAGGAAAAAAAAUUAAGAGGGGGAAUCGUCCGAAAAGGAUAAGGCCCCUGCCACCGUUAGCUGGGAUUUUUCCUGUAGAUAGCGAAUUACUGUCAGUGGUAAUACUGAAUUAUUCGAUACACGAUGGUGAACAAAAUAUUGCUAUUUUAAACAGCAUUUGCUAGCAACCUGGCUAGCUUUAGUACGGCUAGUGUGCUAGCCGCUCUAAACCUUUAAAAAACAAAGGCGUGUUUUUUUUUGUUUUUUUUAUAUAUUUUUUCUUGCUUUACCUCGAUGCAAGUUGGAGGGUUUAAAUCUAGCCGGAUAGCUCAGUGACUAAUGGGCAAUUUCACAGGCGCGCUCGGUUGCUAUUUGGGCGUAUUUUGGGCUUGGUUCUUGGGCGGCUAGGCUAAAAGUAAGGAGACUGAACCGAUGUCGCGACAGCCCAGCUUGUCCCGCCGUCUUCGGCACCAGAGUUGCUGAGCGCAGAGGAGUGUCUGUCCGAAAGGGAGACCGACAGCUACAGAAAGACAUCUUGCUUAGAUUUUUUUUUUAACGCAACACUAGAUGGAUUGCUAGCUAGUGCAUGCUACUGGGGCAAGAUAUCAGAACAGAGCAACGAGCGCAGACGCUGGGCCUCUUCCUUGGCCACUUGAACAUUGUCCCCGGUUCUCCCUCUUCCCGGUCGGCAGAGAUUCUUUCAGGAGACCUCGGUUUGAAGGGACUAGCCUAGCUACUUCUGAGCCAGGCCCCCACUCCAUCCGAGCUCCCUUGGUUUUUACUCCUCUUUCUUGUUUUCGAAGGGGGGUCACUAUACUAAAAUUAAGUGUGGUGCGUUGCGUCCCGUUGAAAUCGGGCUUCUAAAAUACAAAGGUGAUGACUUUAGAGUCCAUGAUGGCUUGUUGCCUGAGCGAAGAGGCGAAGGAGUCGAAACGAAUCAACGCCGAGAUCGAUAAGCAGCUCCGCCGAGACAAGCGCGACGCAAGGAGGGAGCUGAAGCUUCUUCUUCUGGGCACGGGCGAGAGUGGCAAGAGCACCUUCAUCAAACAGAUGCGCAUCAUCCACGGGGCCGGCUACACGGACGAGGACAAGCGCGGCUUCACCAAGCUGGUGUACCAGAACAUCUUCACCUCCAUGCAGUCCAUGAUCCGCGCCACCGAGAACCUCAAGAUCGGCUACAAGUACGAGGAGAACAAGUCCAACGCCAUGCUGGUAAAGGAGGUGGAUGUCGAGAAAGUGUCGUCCUUCGACCACCCCUACGUCAACGCAAUAAAGACGCUGUGGUCCGACCCUGGCAUCCAAGAGGCGUACGACCGGCGGCGAGAAUACCAACUGUCGGACUCCACCAAAUAUUAUCUUAACGAUAUAGACCGCGUCACUGUACCGGGGUACGUCCCCAGCCAGCAGGACGUGCUUCGGGUUCGAGUGCCCACUACCGGCAUCAUUGAGUACCCCUUUGAUCUGGAGACUAUAAUCUUCAGCUAUCUAAGCGAUCUGGAUCGCAUUGCGGAGCCCUCCUAUCUGCCGACCCAGCAGGACGUUCUCAGGGUCCGCAUCCCCACCACGGGGAUCAUCGAGUACCCCUUCGACUUGCAGAGCAUCAUUUUCAGGAUGGUGGACGUAGGGGGUCAGAGGUCAGAGCGCAGGAAGUGGAUCCACUGCUUUGAGAACGUCACCUCCAUCAUGUUCCUGGUGGCCCUGAGCGAGUAUGACCAGGUCCUGGUGGAGUCCGACAAUGAGAACCGGAUGGAGGAGAGCAAAGCCCUGUUCCGGACGAUAAUCACAUAUCCGUGGUUCCAAAACUCCUCGGUCAUCCUGUUCCUCAACAAGAAGGACCUGCUGGAGGAGAAGAUCAUGUACUCCCACCUGGUGGACUACUUCCCCGAGUUUGACGGCCCCCAGAGGGACGCCCAGGCGGCGCGCGAGUUCAUCCUGAAGAUGUUCGUGGACCUGAACCCCGACAGCGACAAGAUCAUCUACUCCCACUUCACCUGCGCCACGGACACCGAGAACAUCCGCUUCGUCUUCGCCGCCGUGAAGGACACCAUCCUGCAGCUCAACCUGAAGGAGUACAACCUGGUGUGAGGGAGACACCGCAGCCCCUGCACAGCACGCCCACACACACACAGCACGCAGACACACACACACACUCACACACACACACACCCGCCAGGCUAGGCCCACCCUCUACCCCAACGUCCUCUUCCUGAUUUUCAGGCCAGCUGAAGGCCCGGAGCUCGGUUGCCAAGCAACGCUACCGGGCUCCGCCCACCUCUCGCUCCCCGCCAAUCGGGAAAACCGCCGUCGCACCCGGCGCCACAGCUUCAGCCAGUUAGGGGCCCCUCUGCUCCCGUGACCUCAUAUUUCGGUUCUGCUUCGAUGCCAAGUCGAAUGGUGGUGAAAUUUGCACCCUCCCUUUUUGAGAAGGACGGGGGGGGAGGGGUUUCCAGGUUGGGGAGCAUUGUGGGUAGAUUUGCGACCGUGAUUGGGGCGGGGGUAGAGGUGCAUUUUAAAAGGCAUAGAACAGCUGGCUUGAAAACUGGAAGAUGCCCCCCUCCCCUCCUUUCCUGAGGGUGGGGGUAUGGGUGUUGGCUGAGGGAGGGAGGGAGAAAGGGAGGGAGGGG